CAUUUCUCUCUUUUUCCGUCCAUCACAUCGCUCAACCCCCAGCGAACUCGACGUGUCAGUCUCCGCCCAACUUUGCGGUUAAAUCGAUUGAUUCUCGUGUUCACCACCACAACUAUUCAAAAUGAAGUACCUCGCCGCCUACCUUCUGUUGGCCCUUGCUGGCAACAACACCCCCUCCGCUGAGGACAUCAAGUCCGUCCUCUCCGCCGUCGGCAUUGACGCUGAGGAGGAGCGCCUCCAGAAGCUCCUUGCUGAGCUUGAGGGCAAGGACCUCCAGGAGCUCAUCUCCGAGGGUACCCAGAAGCUCGCUUCCGUUCCCUCCGGUGGUGCCGGUGCUGCUGCCGCUGCCCCCGCUGCCGGUGGCGCCGCUGCUGCUGAGGCUCCCGCUGAGGAGAAGAAGGAGGAGGCUGCUGAGGAGUCCGAUGAGGACAUGGGCUUCGGUCUCUUCGACUAAGCGCCUUCACUCCGAACACCGAGAAAAACGUAACAGUUCGUGGGGGAACAGAAAUCUGGCGGUUAUUUUCAGUCUAGGGAGGAAAAUUACCCAUUGGUCCAGUCAAGCCGGUGUUUGCCAGGCUUUUCUGAUGCAGUUACGAUUUAUGCAUAAGUGAGCUGGAAAGAGCUUUAGCCAAUACAGAUUCUCUGACCUCCCGA